UAGGCCUUCGGCCCAACAACGUGCGCUCUACGGAACAACAGAGACGGAUGCGGAUCCACAGCUUUCGAUCGCCGACAACGGCGUCGCCUUCGAUCUGCGUCGGUUCUCCCCUCUUCUCUUCACUGCGCUCUUCUCCACUCGAGUGGCACGCAGAACAGCUGAAGACGUGAUUUGUGGAGUAAAUCUGAGCCACUAGGCUUCGUACCGCUCGUUCUCUGCCUUCUCGGUUGAAGAAAUCUGUUAUUGAUCCUUACAAGAUGGAAGUCGGGAGUUAGGAAGAAUGGAGACUGAAGCCCAGCGCUUGCUCUCCUUGCGAGCCUCUUAUCGAACGGAGAGGGGUAAUCGGAAUGCUGGCACCAAAGAUGCAGCCGAUGAAACCGAUGUCUCUGCCAACGGAAAGGGCAUUAAAGAUCCUCUGAAGAUGGUCUGGCGGAGGGGUUUCAUACGGUUGGUCCUCGUGUCAGCCAUUGUGUGGAUGCUGCUCAUCCUUUUUGCCUUGCUAUUUCAUUUGUGGUCGUGUCAUUCUUCUAUUAGCUUCUUGUCAGCUCUUUGUAAAAAAGACAGCAAAGUUCUUGGUAUCUUAGACACAAUGGGUCUCACUACCAAGCAACAACAUCGUUGCUCAAUUCCUCUUAUGGAUGACCCAGAUGCCAUAGUCAUUCCAAAGAGAACUCCCGAUACCAUCCCAAAAUUUCUAAAAUAUGUAUUGGAAGAUGACCAAGGAAAUGCCAAUGAGAAGUCUCAACCACUUUUUGGGGGACAUCAGAGCUGGAAACAAAGAGAAAAUAGUUUCAAACUGAAUACAACUAUGAAGGUGCACUGUGGCUGUAUGAAAAAUGGAGGUGCAGAAAUGGAAGCUGUAGAUGUGAAAUAUGCAAAGAAAUGUAGGUUUGUAGUUGCCUCUGGCAUUUUUGAUGGGUAUGACACUCCCCAUCAACCUUACAACAUAAGUCUUCGUUCCAGAAAGCUAUUCUGCUUUCUGAUGGUAGUUGAUGAGGUCUCUCUUGAUUUCAUUAAGCAAAAUGUAACUGUUAGAGAAGCCAGUGAUGGAGGAAAAUGGGUAGGUAUUUGGCGCCUUGUGACACUACAUCAUCCACCAUAUGAUGAACCUAGAAGAAAUGGGAAGGUUCCGAAGAUACUAACACACAGGCUGUUUCCUCAAGCUCAGUAUAGCAUUUGGAUUGAUGGGAAAAUGGAGCUUAUAGUUGACCCAUUGCUUAUUCUAGAAAGAUAUCUCUGGCGGGGAAAGCACACAUUUGCAAUUGCUUGUCAUAAACAUCACAGGAGUAUCUAUGAGGAGGCAGAUGCAAUCAAGCGAAGGAAGCGGUAUGCUCGGCCGCUGAUCGAUUUGCACAUGAAGAUUUACCACUAUGAGGGAAUGGAGCUAUGGAGUCCAAAGAAAAGGACAAUCAGUGAUGUACCAGAGGGUGCAGUCAUAAUACGCGAGCACACAACAAUGACCAACUUGUUCAGCUGCCUUUGGUUUAAUGAGGUCAAUCUUUUCACACCGAGGGAUCAACUUAGUUUUGGCUAUGUGGUGUACAGAUUAGAAGAGUUCAAGUUUUUCAUGUUCCCCAACUGCGAAUAUAAUUCAUUAUUCAUAUUGCACAGACACACCCGGGAACAUUCUUCUGUUGUUGAGUGGGUUAAAUCCCUAGAUGAAUUUAAGGGGAACAAAACUGGACUGAAAGAGAGUAGGGGAGGGCUAGGACUGUGGACACCAUAUCCAGGGGACCUCAACUCAGUCCAACUCCCUUCUGUCAAAAGAACAUCACCUGCAGGGUGAACAUGCAAAAUUUACUCUCCUUUGGCUCUAUCAGUAAUUUUCCAUCUCGGAGAACAUUUUGCUGUCUUGUGUAUCGUCCAACUUUUCGGAAUGUUUCCGAGGACUUAAAUUUUGCACUCACAGAGUUUCUGAGGUUGAAACAAAUUUGAGGUGCACUAGAGGACUUAAAUUUUGCAGAUGUCUAGGUCAUUGUUAAUAUUUUCAUGGAAUCUCCUUAAAGGUAGACUCGAGGAUAAAAUGAGAUGGGGAAUUCCCUAAUUGUUAUCUUGUUGAUGCAUCAAGUUGCAGGUUAUCAACCACCUUAUACAACUGUGAGAGCACAGCUUAUUAUAUAUAUUGAUUCGUUCCAUGCUUUGGAAAGAUAAACAAAGGAGUGAUUACCUUC